CAUUGUCAUCCUUUGGUGAUGUGAAGCGAAUGUAUUAGCCGCGAAGGAUGGAAUAAAGGCACUCGCCGCAAAGGAGAAUGAGAAAGCAUGGCCUAGCUUGUUGCAAUGGAAUUAUUCGAAUUUUCCAGUCCGAUAUAGGAUACCUACAUAUACAUGUUUCUGGCAGACCUUCAUAGUCGAAAAUAACACUUGUUGUCAUCAGUCAUCCUGAUCUCAGCUAUCUGAAUCACUCGUCGGCUCGUGGAGUUCAGCGUUCAGUAGCAUGGGCUGCUGUGGCGCCAUGUCCGCCAGGCCGCGGGGCAUCCACGAGGAGACGCUGCUGCGCGUCCCGGGCGCGUCCGUGCACCUCAUGGCGGGCUCCGACGGCCCCGUCGAGCUCGCGCGCGGGGACCUCGCCGUCGUCAGGCUCACCAAGGACGACGUGGCCGUGGCCACCGCGGUGCGCGUCGGCAAGGACCUGGGCUGGCCGCUCGCGCGGGACGAGCCCGUCGUCAAGCUCGACCGCCUGCACUACCUCUUCACGCUGCCCGACAAGGACGGGACGUUCCUCAACUACGGCGUCUCCUUCAACGCCGACGCCGCCGACGACUCCGCGCUGGCGUCGCUCGACGGCUUGCUCCGCUCCAGCGCAUGCUUCUCCGCACCUUCGUACCCGGUGGUUCCGUCCAAGAGCUCCAGGCGGCCGCCGCCGCCGCCGCAGCAGCAGCAGCAGCCGGUUGCGUCGGACGGGUACUGGAACGAGUUCGCGCCGAGGAUGGAAGGCUACAACGGCGUGCUUGCCAAGGCCAUCGCCGCGGGCACCGGCCAGCUCGUCAAGGGCAUCUUCAUGUGCAGCGAGGCCUACGCCAGCCAGGUUCAGAGAGGAGCCGAUCUGUUUCGUCCUCAGGCUGGCGGCAGCGCGCGGAGCCGAUUCGGCGACGCUGGUGGCGCCGACAGGAGCAGCCAGGCGAGCACCAAGCGUGGAGCAGUCAACAAGAGUCUCAAGAGGGUCAGGAAGCUGUCGGAGAUGACCGAGAAGAUGAGCCAGUCGCUGCUCGAUACGGUCAUCUCGGUGACCGGCUCCAUGGCGGCACCGCUGAUCCGCUCCAAGCAAGGGAGAGCAUUCCUCGCCAGCGUACCCGGCGAGGUCGUCCUGGCAUCUCUUGAUGCCAUCAACAAAGUAAUGGAUGCGGUAGAGGCUGCUGAGAAGAAGUCGCUUGCUGCAACUUCAAAUGUCGUCGCCGGCGCAGUUUCAAGGAGGUACGGCGAGAGCGCAGGGGAGGCAACCGAAGACGCGUUCGCGACGGCCGGCCACGCCGUGGGAACGGCGUGGAACCUCUUCAAGAUCCGCAAGGCCGUCACACCGUCGUCCUCCAUGCCCGGGAACAUGGUCAAGAGCGCCAUUAGGAACAGGAACUGACGUCGACACUAGACAGUUGUUCAUUGUGCUGCUCUGGAUGUACAUGUACCCACAAUGACUAGAAAGUUGUUCGACGUGCUCCUGGAUGAUCAUGAACCGACAAUGACUGACAGUUGUUCAUUGUGCUUCUCUGGAUGAUGAUCAUGUACCCACAAUGACAUGUAACUAUCAUGUUCACACCAUCGACAUGGGCUGUGACAAAUACUUGUUCCAAAUGAUAA